UGCAGCUUUUGCUCCAUACGAGCUUCCAAGCUGCAUAUGCUUCAAUCAGCAGACAUUUUGACAUAUUUGGCCAAGUGUCAAACAACGCCUAUCGAUUUCGUUCGUGGUGGUGCUUCUGGCUGAUUUUUCACCCAGAAUCCGUGUGAGUCCUGCCGUGAAAGCCGUGAUAAAAUCUCAGAAAAAAUGGACUACAGCAAAAUAAGUAUUGAGUCCAUGUUCAAUCUCAGUGUAGACUACCAGAAAACCAAUGCAAUGCUGUACGGGAACAUUUCGAUGGACAAUGUCGAGCAACCAGAGAUCGUGGUGGUGCGACAGGAUGCACUGCCAAAGCCAACAUUUCAGUGUCAGACGUGUUUUAAGGUGCUGAAGAGUAUGUCCACGUACAGGAAUCACAUGAAGCUCCAUGCCAAUGAUCACGAUGAGGAUGUGAAACAGUGGCACAUUUGCAGCUACUGCAACAAAGUCUUUGACGACCCGAAUCUGCUCAAGCAACACUAUCUCACGCACACGAAGGACAGUCAAAUGCUAAAGUGUCACCAUUGCUACAAAGCCUUCUACGAUCGACAGAGCUUAGAAAGGCAUUUGCAGGAGCACAAAGAUCUCAAGGACUACCGUUGCCUGAAUUGUAAUAAAACCUUUGCUUCCUUCAACUACUUGAAGCUGCAUUUUAAGAUGCAUGCUGAUGAAAAACCCUACAAAUGUGGCUACUGCGACAAACGCUUCACGUUCUCCAGCAACCUCACGGUUCACACUCGCAUUCACACGGGGCAUAAGCCCUAUAGAUGCCGUGAGUGCAACAAAUGCUUCACGCAGAUCAACACGCUUAAGCAGCAUCACAAAGUGCACGAUAAGGAGGACAAAACGUCCAAGGCAACUACAGCAACAGAUUCCAAGGGUUUCCACUACGAAGGCAAUCUCAUCACGAUACCAUCGUGAGCCGAUGUUCCGGAUGGUGCUACGGCAGGGAGGGGGGUCCAACAAAAUGCUCAUUGAGCCCGUUUUGACCCUUAAGUCUCAAUCCGGAAUCAAAGACAUUAUUUUGUGUUCUAGCGCAGAAGAGAUGAAGAUGUUAAGUGCCACCAAAAAUACAAUUUCCCAAAAAAAAAAAGAAGUGUCUCACAGAGAAUUGAUGAAGAUAAAAAAUAUCUUUUCCCUCCCUUUUUGAAAAAAAAAAACAAAAAAACAAAAAUUUCCAUCAAUUGAAAAAAAGACCAAGAAGUAGUUUGUAAAAUUUAUUUCUAAGUGCGUUGAAGAAAAGUGACAAGAAAAAAAUAUUAGAAAUUAUGAAAUUUACCUUUUGAGUUUUUUUUUCUUCUACGAUAAAAAAAGAAAAAAAAAACAAAAUUACUUUCGCUCUUUCUUCUCUAUUUAUGUUUGAAUUUGUUUUUUUUUUUGGUACAAACUAUUACUAUUAUCUUCCAGAAUUUUUUUUCUUAUCCCUUUUACAGUAAUGUAUUGUGAGUAUAAAUUGAACUAUUAAUAAAUAUCUUUAGUUAAUCUA